AUGGUUACUUUACCAGAAAUAGCAGAAGAUAUUGUAAACAAAACGUUAGCACACGCAAAUGACGAUAAUUCGCGGACGAUUUUUCUAGCUGGAAGUAAAUCAGUGGGAAAGUCGACACUUCUUAAUAGUUUCCUUGAGAAAACCGAAACUCCACGAGAAACUUUAGUGUUGGAAUAUUCAUACGGAAGAAAAUCUAGUCAAAGGCAAGGAAUAGAAAAAAUAAUAUGCCACGUAUGGGAGUAUGGUGGUAAAUUAGAAAUGAUGAAAAAUGUUUUAACGUCUAUUCCAGUAUACAAAAAAAGUAUUUUUGUUAUUAUGGUUGACUUGAGCAAGAUAAAGACGAUUUGGAAUACCUUACAGAUAUGCACAGAGACUGUUUCUGACUAUUCCGAUCGUACACAAUUCGAGGAAAUAAUAAUUAUAGGUGGAAAGUAUGAUCUUUUUAAAAAUUAUGACAGUGAAAUAAAGAAAUUAGUUUGUGACACUAUUAGAAGCGUGGCGUUGAUUCAUAAUGCCCAUAUAUUGUUUUAUUCAUCGAAGGAGCCACAGCUAGUACGAAAAGCCAAAGAAAUUUUACAUAAUGCAGGAUUCGGAAAUGGCGUAGUUAUUAAAGAAAAAAAUACAAACAAUACUAAGCCACUGUCUAUUCCUAAGGGAUUCGAUUCUUGGGAAAGUAUUGGAGUACCCAGAUCUACAAUGGAACAGGUGAAGAUGCGACACGUGACACGGAUACAACUUGAAGUGGAAAUUCAGGACAAGGACAAGAAUGAACUACAACGUACUCAUCCCGAGCCGAUUUUAGAUUCACUCGCUGCACUAAAGUAUGAAGAACUUCGCAAUAUGGAACUAUUUGACCCUGCUAUUAAUGAUUAUUUAUUGUGCUUAUAA